AAAAUAGAACGAACGACAAUGUUUUCUGUUUCAGACACUCCAUCAGCCUAUCAACUUGGAUUUCAAUUGGCUGCUUAUCAUCAGGUUGUACAUCGAACUGAUCCACUACGAUUUUUGAAAUGUUUGGAUGUGCUGUCGAUAUCGGCCGACUCAUUGGUCGCUAUCCUUUUCCGUCCAUCCAUCGGGGAUGCCUCUAUGAACAGACUUAUCGCAGAUAUACUAAAUCCUCGCAAACCAGAACCUGCACCGCCGCCACCUCGAGAAGCUCCAUCGACAAGGACUGACUUCUGUGUUGAGGGACUUCUGGGCAGGACCAGCUCAUCCCCAUCUGCUUCUACUCCUGAUGUUUCUUCUGGGCGACAAGAAACCGGUAAUGUUAGCCCCGAAAGUCUAAGUGGAACUGAAGAAGCAUAG